AUGCAUCUCAAGUCAUUCAUUUCAAUCUGCCUCAUUGGCCAGGUGGUAGCUCAGGCUACUACCGAGCCUUCCUCUGGGUCUGCGUCCAAGACGUUACCGCCUUCGCCGACUGGCUCUAUCUGCCAGCCUCACGGUGAUCACUGGCACUGCCACGCUUCGUCUACCAGUGCGGUUGACAACCACUCCGCUACCGGAUCAUGCGAGCCUCACGGUGACCACUGGCACUGCCCGUCUGGAGUUCCUAAGCCGACUACACCUCCUGCUCAGACCCAAACCGGUGCGAAGCCCACAGCCACGGGAGAUGACCAUGAUGACCACGAUGACCACGAUCAUGGAAACGGCAAGGAGUGUACGCCUCACAAUGACCACUGGCAUUGCCCAUCUGGUGUCUCUGCGCCCACGUAUCCUCCCACCGCUGCCCCUACCAAGGCUCCUUCAAGCUCAGGCUCAAGCUCAGGCACUGCUGCUGCCGCUACGUCGACUACAGUCACUGCUGGGGCGGGUCGUGCCAACGUCAUCGGUGCUGGCUCGUUCAUUGGGGCUGUCCUGGUCGCCGCUGUCAUGGCAUGA